GGCAGACGCGCUGCGUCCUGAGGGUGGCCGCAGCCCCGCCCCGCCGUGCCCCGUCCCGCCCCUGCCGGGCCCCGUCCUGUCCCGUCCCGCAGCGUCCCGCGGCGUCCCGUCCGCGGUCUCCUCGCACCCUCCCGGCACCUGAGGCGCUCGCCGGUGCUUCCAGCGCAGCCAUGGCUCAGCACUUCUCCCUGGCCGCCUGCGACGUGGUCGGCUUCGACCUGGACCACACUCUGUGUCGCUACAACCUGCCCGAGAGCGCGGUGCUCAUUUAUAAUAGCUUUGCUCAGUUCCUGGUCAAGGAGAAAGGGUAUGACAAAGAAUUACUAACUGUGACUCCAGAGGAUUGGGAUUUCUGUUGCAAGGGCUUGGCACUGGAUAUGGAAGAUGGGAACUUCAUUAAAUUGGCAGAUAAUGGCACCGUGCUCAGAGCAAGCCAUGGCACAAAGAUGAUGGCUCCAGAGGCGCUGGCAGAGGAGUAUGGUGGGAAGGAGUGGAAAUACUUCAUGUCUGACACGGGAAUGGCUUGCCGAUCAGGAAAAUAUUAUUUUUAUGAUAACUACUUCGACCUGCCAGGAGCUCUUCUAUGUGCCAGAGUCGUGGACUCUUUAACAAAGAACAAUGGUCAAAAAACAUUUGAUUUUUGGAAGGAUAUAGUUGCUGGUAUACAACACAAUUAUAAAAUGUCAGCUUUUAAGGAAAACUGUGGAAUAUAUUUUCCAGAAAUAAAGAGAGAUCCAGGCAGAUAUUUACACACUUGUCCUGAAUCUGUGAAAAAGUGGCUUCGACAGCUAAAGAAUGCUGGGAAAAUUCUGUUGUUAAUUACAAGUUCUCACAGUGAUUACUGUCGACUUCUCUGUGAAUAUAUUCUUGGGAAUGAUUUUACAGAUCUUUUUGCCAUUGUGAUUACAAAUGCAUUGAAGCCUGGUUUCUUCUCCCAUUUACCAAGUCAAAGACCUUUCUGGACGCUCGAGAAUGAUGAGGAGCAGGAGGCAUUGCCAUCUCUGGAUAAACCUGGCUGGUACUCCCAAGGGAACGCUGUCCACCUUUAUGAACUUCUGAAGAAAAUGACCGGCAAAAGUGAACCCAAGGUCGUUUACUUUGGUGACAGCAUGCAUUCAGACAUUUUCCCAGCCCGUCAUUAUAGUAACUGGGAGACAGUUCUCAUUCUGGAAGAGCUCAGAGGGGACAGAGACGGGAAGCCUGAAGAAUCAGAGCCUCUAGAGAAGAAAGGAAAAUAUGAGGGCCCAAAGGCAAAGCCUCUAAAUACAUUAUCUAAAAAAUGGGGCUCUUUUUUUAUUGAUUCAGUUUCAGGACUGGAAAACACAGAAGACUCAUUAUUUUAUACAUGGUCUUGUAAGAGAAUCAGUACUUACAGCACUAUUGCAAUUCCAAGUAUUGAAGCAAUAGCAGAAUUACCCCUGGAUUACAAAUUUUCAAGGUUCUCUUCAAGCAGUUCAAAAACAGCUGGCUACUAUCCAGACCCUCCAUCGAUCUUAUCAAAUAUUGAGACACUGACAGCCAAAUAAACUGUCUUUACUGAAAAAUGAAGUGAAGAACCAUAUAUGCAGCAAAUAUACUGUAAAAAUGUUAAUUUUUUAAAAAUACUGUAAAAUGCUUUCUAGGAACAAUUCCUAAUGAUAACUAACCAAGAAUUAGAUGCUUUUCCAUAAGUCUCCUUUCUGUAUAGAUCAUCUUGAUGCCCAACAACUCUCAUUAUAUUAAAAUCUCAGUGUCUUAGAAUGGAAAGGAAUCUUAUUAAUAUUUCCUAUACCAAUAAUUCUGAGAUUAUGAUUCACCUGGGCAUAUAUGUGUGUGUGUGUGUGUGUAUUUAUACACACACACACACGCACACUUGUACAUACACAUAUACAUACACAUAUUUACAAAUAUGCCUAGACCAAUGGUUCUCAAAGUGUUGUCCCCAAACCACUAACAUAGCAUCACCUGAGAAUUUGAUAGAAAUACAGAUUUGCAGGCCCCACCCCAGACCUGCAGAAUCAAAUUCUGGGAAUGUAUCCCAGCAACCUGUGUUUAAUAUUAAUGUGAUUCAUAUACUGAAGUUCAAAAAUCACUAGCUAGACCAUAACCUCCAGAUUGGUUUCGUUGGUCUGGGAAUAGAGAUGAGCACUGAUGUCUUUUACUUGCCCCAGGAAAAGGUAGCCAGAAUUGGGAACAACUGAACUAUAUCUGUUUCUUCCAUCUAUAGCUAAGAACACUGAGUCCAGUGAGAAUAAAUGAUUUUUCCAAGCUAUCAGGUUUCAUGCUGUUCUUAUGUUUUCCAAAACAAGGAGGUAAAGCAGAUUUCUUCUGAGACCACACAGCUAGUAUGGGACAGAAAUGAGAUAAGAAGCCAACUAAUUCAACCUCCAGUGUUACUCAUAAAGUUUUUUUUCCCCCUAAUGUUAAAACCUAUAGAAUUUUCAUUCACUUUAAGACAUAUAUUCUCAAAGAGACAAAAACUGGUUCUUGGGAUGAAAAAAAAAUUAGAUAAUGCAAUGUAUAGUGGCCCUCCAAAGCUGAACCCUAGCCAAUAAAAUUUUAUUCUUUGGUAUUAAUUUCUCUCAUGAGGGAGAAAUAUAAAGUUAAAUUUAUUAAUUAAAUUUAAUUUGGUUAAUUCUCAGGGUGGAGUGUGGUAAUGAAAAAAAAGGUUGAGAAAAACACUUUAAGAGGUUUUAUAGUUAUACUGCAAUUUAGGAUUACUGUGUUCUAUGUGCUUUGUAUAGUCCUAUUAUAGUAGUUACUUGGGGCAAAGUAUUUGGAGCCAGAUGUUUACAAUAAAUUCCUGGCUACUCUUUAUGCUGUAAUUUCAUUCUGUCUAUCAUGGACAGUAUCAGAAAACACACUGGUCACUAUCAUUAUUUUACCUAUAUUGUAGCAAAGAACUUAGCAUAUUGAUGCAUGCAAUGAAAAGAAAUAAUUUCGUUAAAUUUUUAAGUGCUCAAAUAAUCCCAAAUGUAUUGUGGGAAUGAGUAUCUCAGGGUAGAUAAACAGUUACUGAAAUUUUUUCCUCAAUGUCAGUAGCUCUGUUUGAUAUCAACUAAUAAGUAUAUGGUAAUGUAUUUGAAAUUGGCUUCCAAAAUCUUAUUGGAGGACAAUAAUAAACACACACAAUCAGCUUAGGGCUAAAUGAGAGCUGUCUCAUGUAUACAAAUAGAUAUUUAAUUUCUUUAAAAAUAAAGCUAUUUUUCCUUACGUGGA